AUGGGGCCAACUGAUUCGCCAAUACUCCCUACGACUUCCCGUCUAAGCGUUUCGAAUAUUAGUGCUGUCAUACGCUUCUGGGACUCUAUCUACUCUGUUUUCGCCAACCCAAGUGCCUUACUUUCUUUCACUCGCCUUUCCCAAAACCUCGAUCGUGAUGGAUUCUUGAGUUCACCCAAAGCCUUAUUGCUGAGUACCUGCUUAAUCAUCAUGGCUGGUUGUGGGUUCUUGUCCAUGAUUCUGCGACGCAAGAGCUCUGGGCGGACUUCGGGGAACAAACGUUGUCGCCGGGCUGCUCGUCGAAAUGCCUCCAAAUCGUCCGCUGGAACUUUUACCUCGUCCGAAGACGAAGGGUAUGAUAGCAGUGGAUCAUUGCGACAUGGCACAGACAGCACCUUCUCUGCAGAGAAGACGGAGCCUCAACGCCGUGAGCUGUCAGAUGAUGGUCUGCGCAUCCCUAACCCUACCCUGCUAUCGACCUUUGCUGACGGGCAAGUAGCGCAAACCACAGAUCCUGGCCUGCUCAAGAAACAUUCAACAUAUAUAUCCUACACUACAUCUGUCGCAACAUAUCCGUCCAUAAGAACUUUUCACAAGCCGCAUCCACAGAAGGACAAGUUGCCGAUAAAACCAUCUCCAAUCCCGUUGCUGGUCUUUGUGCACGGCUUGGGUGGCUCGCUAGCCCAAUUCAAUCAUCUGCUGACCAGCUUGUCUAACGUCGGGCCGUGCUUCGGAAUAGAUCUGCCCGGUUGCGGAUUGUCGAAGUUUGAGCCUGCUUCUUGGGAUGCGUAUAAGGUCGAAGCGCUUGCAGAACUGCUUGCGACCGCUAUUGAAGAGCAUCGUGAUAAAGACGCCGGUCAGGGGGUGGUCUUAAUUGCCCACAGUUUGGGCUGUUCCCUUUCAGCAAUGUUGGCAUCCGCGACCUCUCCUGUGGGGCCCAACUUGAAGAAGCAUAUUCUCGGGCUCAUCGCUGUCUGUCCCCGCGCGUCGCCCCCAUCUUUCAAAGAAGUUACGUCUUUCCGCCGCCUCCUCAACAUACCGGGUCCGAUCUUUGACCUUUGGCGAUACUGGGAUCGACGAGGCGGUCUGAAGAGCGCCAGUGUCAACCGGCUCGUCGGCGCAGAUGCUGAUUCCGAUACAAGAGAACUCCAAGUGCGGUACAACAAACAAAGCAAGACACCUGUGUGGAGACGCAUGGCCUGGGGUACUCUUCCCACGUAUGACGGUGUCGAUGGAACCGCUGUAGGAGGUAUUCCAGGGGAGCAGACCUGGGCAGGAGUACAGACGCCAACCUUACUUGUGGCUGGCGAAUCUGACACAGUGACGAAGCCUGCAGAAUUGCAAAAAAUUCUCGGAUUCUUCGGGGGCAAAGGCUCAAAGGCUGAAGAAAGCAGCAACAGUAGCAACAUUAUUCCGGACGCUUCCGAAGUUGAUAGCCAGGUUCCAGCCCCCUACAACCGCUUAGCCCACGAAGAGGAGUUUGGUGUUGAGCCUCAAGUGAAUGAGAAGGAGAUCGAGAACACUUCGGAGAAGCCACUUCAAGCUAAACGCUCUGUCAAGACAGUUAUCCUGCCAGCUCCAGCCUCUCACGCUCUUCUUUACGAUCGUGCGACAUAUCGCACUCUAGCUGGAAUCAUCCAAGACUUCCUUCAGCAGCACGUUGAUAAUCGACUGAGUCUCGGAUGGCAGCUGCAGUAUCUUAAUACUUCGGGCAAGUGGGACGUGAAAAAUCUAGCCAAGUGGAAGAAAGUCACCCCUGUUUCAGAGCGCAUCUCCGACACAUUCGUCGCGCUCAAAAUGCUGCGCGAGGUUGAUGAGGAACAUAAUCCUGUAUUAUUCUCCCAAGCUUAUAAUGGACGGAUAUACGCGGUGAUCGAUAUUAGCUACGAAAACCCGGUGUAUAACCCAGCCUCUUUGGAAAAGGGAGGCAUCCAUUACCACAAACAUCCUACCGUGUCAAAGAUCCCACCAACACCAGAUGAGACACGAGACUUUAUUGCCUUAGUCGAUAGGCUUCAGAAUGAGAUUACAGAGAAAGUGGGAAAGUCUGGAAACCGGCAGACUCCACGCCCGGUAGUUGGGGUUCACUGCCAUUAUGGAUACAAUCGAACCGGUUUCUUGAUUGUCUGCUAUCUGAUUGAACGUUGUGGGUAUACCGUCCAGGAAGCAAUUGACGAAUUUGAAAGACGUCGUCCACCAGGCAUCCGACAUGGACAUUUCAUUGAUACAUUGUUCGUGCGAUAUUGUGUUGGGCUCAAGAGAGCACCGACUCUAUAG